AUGUCCAAAAUCUAUCGCAAUACUGAUUUUCCCUCGCCUGAAUUCCCGCAUCUCGACCUGCUGACCCUCCUCUUUGAGUCGCCGGAUUGCAGGGCAGAGGAUCAAACGCCGCUGCACUGCGUGGCAGGUACGGGCGCCAGUCUGAUCACCAAGAGGGACCUGAACAACUUGACGCAGCGCCUGGCUUAUGCUCUGCGCCAUCGCUAUGGCAUUGGCAGUAAUGGACCGAAUCGGGACGUGGUCACGGUACUGAGCUUCGGGCAACCCAUGGUCGCUGCGGUGCUGUUUGGCGUCAUUGCCGCCGGCGGAGUGUACUCGGCGGCCACUCCAUCGUCGACGACGGCAGAAUUGGUGCGCUAUCUCACCAUAUGCAACAGUCGCUUGAUCAUGUGCAGCGUGGAAUUCAAGGACGUGGUGACGAGGGCAGCAAACGAAUUUGGGCUGUCUUCCGAUAGAAUCCUGGUUUUCGAGUCGACGCCGGAGUGGACUGUGUCUCCAUUGAACGGAUCCGGGAGUAUCCUGACCGAGAAUCGCUUGCAUUGGGAGACGAUCACGGAUGUCUCGAGGUUGAAGGAGAGUCUGAUCGUCAUUCUCUGGUCGUCAGGGACCACCGGGUUCCCCAAAGGCGUGAAGCUCUCCCACCAGAACCUGGUGUCUGAGACACACCUGACAUCGCUGGCGUCGCGGGAGUUUGCACACCAGGCGGCACAGAAAGACAUCCAGAUGCCGCCAUACCGGGCACUGGCACACUUACCCAUCAGUCACAUUGCCGGGCUGUUCGCGUACCUCAUCGCGCCCUUCUACGCUGGCGGGCAGGUAUUCUGGAUGCGCAAAUACGAAUGGCACAAGAUGCUACAGUUUGUCAAGCAGCACGAGAUUACCCUCUUCUAUACAGUCCCUUCGAUCUAUCUCCGCAUCUCCAAGUCGCCCGACGUUCGGGAUCACUUUCGCUCCGUUGUUUCCGCUGUCACGGGAGCUGCCCCGAUGGACGGCGAGCUGCAAAAAGCCGCCAGUUCGAGGUUAGGGGCCGGUGAGACGGUGAUCGGCCAGACGUGGGGUCUGAGCGAGACGACGGGAGCCGUCACGAUCAUGCCUCCUGGCAGAUCGGACGCGACGGGGAGUAUCAGUCCACUGGUCCCUGGUGUUGAGAUCAGGUUGGUGGACGAGGACUAUCGUGACGUCGAGCCAGGACAGCCAGGCGAACUCCUUGUCCGAGGCCCGAUGGUGACGAACGGAUACUACAACGACCCCAAGGCCACGGCGGCAGCCUCUUACAAAGACUGGUUCUGCACCGGCGAUAUUGCCGUUUGGCGCGACGGCCUGUUCUAUAUUGUCGACAGGAAGAAGGAAAUCCUCAAAUACAAAGGCCAACAAGUCAGCCCGGCCGAGCUCGAAGCCCUCCUCGUCACACACCCCUCCAUCCAAGAGGCCGCCGUGAUCGGCAUUCGCGACCCGAGUGAUCCGACCUCAGACCUCCCUCGCGCAUACGUGGUGGCCGAUCCGGCAGAGAUCAGCGCCGACCAGGUCAAAGCGUACGUGAGCAAGCAUCUAUCCCCGUCGAAGCAGUUGCGCGGCGGCGUGGUGUUUGUCAGGGAACUGCCGAAGAAUGCAGUGGGCAAGAUUCUGCGCAGGGAGUUGCGGGAUCAGGCGGGGAGGGAGAGUGCGCGGCCAAAGCUUUAG